AUGGUCGCCAGAAGGGCUCGACAGCUCGCAAGUCUACCGGAGGAAAGACUCCUCGCAAACAGUUGGCAACAAUGGCUGCUCGCAAGAGCACUCCAGCCACCAGAGGCGCGAAGAAGCCCCACCGUCGCCCUGCGUGAGAUCCGUCGUUACCAGAAAUCCACCGAACUGCUGAUCCGCAAGUUGCCUUUCCAGCGUCUGGCUCGUGAAAUCGCCCAGAACUUCAAGACCGAUCUGCGCUGCCAGAGCUCGGCCGUCAUGGCCCUACAGGGAGCCAGCGAAGCCUAUCUGGUCGGUAUGUUCGAAUAUACCAACCUGUGUGCCAUCCACGCCAAGCGUGUCACGAUUAUGCCAAAGGACAUCCAGCUGGCUCACCGUAUCCGUGGUGAACGUGCUUAA